UGAAUAAAACGAUUCACUACGUUUCCGGACGUUUAUGUGUAAAAAUGAAGUUCGUGCUACUGUUAUUGUCAGCACUGAUGGUGCUUGCUGCAACGAAGGCAGAAGAGCAGCAGGAGGAAACUAUAUUCGAACGCAAUUUCAAGAGGUUACACCACGAACCUGAACCUCCAGUAGCGAAAAGUCGUGCCAAUGUGGAAACUAAAUGGAUUGUACAAAAAUUGGAUCAGUUCAACGAAGAGGAUGAUCGUACAUGGGAAAUGCGCUAUAUGUCCAAUGAUGAGUUUUAUGAACAAGGUGGACCGCUCUUCAUAUUUGUUGGUGGUGAAUGGGCUAUUUCACAAGGCUAUCUAGUUGGUGGCCAUAUGUACGAUAUGGCAAAAGAACAUAAGGGUUAUUUAUUCUAUACUGAACAUCGUUACUAUGGACAAAGCAGACCUACAAAAGAUAUAACCAACGAAAAUAUUGUAUAUUUGGAUGUACGUCAAGCACUUGCAGAUUUGGCACAUUUCAUUCGCACCAUGAAAGCUACAAUUCCCGGAAUGACAGAUUCUAAAGUUAUUUUAGUUGGUGGUUCCUAUUCAGCUACUAUGGUAACUUGGUUCAAGAAAUUAUAUCCCGAUUUAGCAACUGGUUCAUGGGCUUCAAGCGCACCUCUCUUCGCCAAAGUGAAUUUUGUAGAAUACAAAGAAGUUACCGGUCAAUCAAUAAGGCUUGUGGGUGGAGAUGCCUGCUAUAAACGUAUCGAGAAUGGCAUAGCUGAAUUAGAAGACCUAUUUGCAAGAAAACGUGGCGCAGAAGUCAAGGCUAUGUUCAAAAUUUGCAAUAACUUUGAUGAGAAUAAUGAUUUGGAUCAAUGGAACUUCUUUAGUGAAGUAUCUGAUAUAUUUGCAGGUUUAGUGCAGACACAUAAUGAUGGUAACAUACAAAGAGCUUGUCAAAGAAUUAUGGACGGUGAAGACGAUGUUAGUGGAUUGGCAAAUUACCUUUUGCCUCAAUUAAGCUCAACUGGUUGUAAUGAUUUUUCGUACAAAAGUAUGUUAGGCGUAAUGCUCAAUUCGGCUUAUACCAACAACAUUAUGCGACAAUGGAUAUAUCAAACAUGCAACGAAUACGGUUGGUACCAAACAUCUGGCUCUAGAAAUCAACCAUUCGGUACUAAAUUCCCUGUUACUCUAUAUACCACUUUGUGUUAUGAUUCUUAUGGCACAAGGUUUACGAAUGAAUAUAUUAACGCGCAAGUAUCCGAAACAAACAAUUAUUUUGGGGGCUUAAGUCCCGAAGUAGAAAAUGUUUAUAUUACACAUGGACAAUUGGAUCCUUGGAGAGCUAUGGGUAUACAAGACGAAGAACAAGCCACCGUUAUACCAUUGUAUGCUCACUGUAAGGACUUUGGUUCCAUAAGCUCAAGUGAUACAGCUGAAAUGCGUGCUUCAAAGGAAAAAAUAGCAGCAUUGGUACGCGAAUGGGUUGGCAGCUCUGCUACUAGCAGUGAAAAUAUUCCGAAGCAAGCAGAAAGUCUUUUGCAAAAAUUGCGCAACGAGACUCUUAUGCCAUUCAUCAAAAUGAAAUUAAGUUUGAUACUAGUCGCAUUGGGAGUGCUUGUCUGCAGCACAAUCGGUGGAACGGAUGAAACGACAGCUAAUAAGAUUCCAGUAUUUUUAGAAAGUUUUAAAAAAUUACAUCGCGGGCCACCUAUAGUAGAAACACAAUCUCGGGCAAUAAUUGAAACAAAAUGGAUUGAACAGAAAUUGGAUAAUUUCGAUGAGAGUGAAUCAAGGACGUGGCAAAUGCGCUAUAUGCAAAAUGAUGAACAUUUUGAGACAGGUGGUCCUAUGUUUAUAUACGUUGGUGGUGAAUGGACUAUUUCGUCUAGCAGUAUUGCUUCAGGUCAUUUUGUCGAUAUGGCAGCUGAGCAUAAAGGAAUGCUAUUCUAUACCGAACAUCGGUUCUAUGGUCAGAGCAAACCUACUGGAGAUAUAACAGUUGAUAAUCUGAAGUAUUUGCACAUAAAACAAGCAUUAGCUGAUUUGGCACAUUUUAUUAAGUAUCAACGGGAAAAUAAUCCUGACUUAGCUAACUCUAAAGUCAUCAUGGCUGGUGGGUCAUACGCGGCAACCAUGGUCGUGUGGUUUAAGCGUUUGUAUCCAGAAUUAAUGGCUGGUGGUUGGGCUUCCAGUGCACCAUUACUAGCAAAAGUUGACUUUUUGGAAUAUCACGAAGUUGUUGGUCGCGCUCUCAUCGAAUUGGGCAGCCAACAGUGCUAUGAUCGCGUUCAAAAUGGUGUCGCGGAAAUAGAGUCGAUGUUCGCAAAUAAACGUAGCGCUGAAGUCAAAGCGCUUUUUAAGUUAUGCAAUAAUUUUGAUGAACAAAAUGAUUUGGACUUGUGGUCAUUCUUCAGUGUUAUAUCAAACUUAUUUGCCAGCAUUGUGCAAUACCAAUCAGGAAAUGAUAUACCAAUUACAUGCAACUAUUUGGCCACUUUCGAAGAUGAUGUUACCGCUUUAGCUGGCUUAGUAUUGUGGGCGUAUGGUGCAUCAAGUUGUUUAGAUGUAACCUAUAAAAGCUCACUUUCCUAUUUAAUGGACUCAACAUAUGUAUAUGGAGCUUCUCGCCCUUGGUACUAUCAAACAUGUAACGAAUAUGGUUGGUAUCAGACCUCACGUUCUAGAAAUCAACCCUUCGGUACUAAGUUCCCUGUUACACUUUAUACAACACUCUGUGAGGAUGUUUUCGGCAGCAAGUAUACAAAUGAAAACAUUAAUGCAAAUGCUGCACAAACUAAUCUUGACUUUGGUGGAAUGAGCCCAGAAGUUGAAAAUGUUUACAUGACACAUGGUGCUUUGGAUCCAUGGAAUCCAAUGGGUCAUGGUGCUGAAGAAGGCGCCACUGUUAUAGCACAAGCGUCGCAUUGUGCAGAUUUUAGUUCAAUAAGUAGCAGUGAUAGCUCAGAAAUGCGUGCCUCUAAACAACUCUUAGCAGAACUAGUGCGUCAGUGGUUGGCGGAUGACGAAACCGAUAUCAAACCAAAAAAUAUUACUAAAGAUAAGGUUCGCAAAUAUAUGAGACAACUUGUAUAAGCAAUAUCUUUCGCUUGAAUCUUAUCAAUAAAUUAAAUAUUGUAAAUUUAUA